CUUAUUCUCUUUUCUCCAUCAAAAUGCGACUGUGUGUUGCUCUAGACGUUGCAGAGAAAAAUUAAAAAAAAAUAAAAUAAAAUGAAGAAAUAUGAACCAAAAUCGAUAACUUUCAAAUAUAGAUUCUCCAAGCUGCAAGAGCUCUAGGGUUUCAAUUUUACAAGUGGUUGGCCAUUGGGCAAUUGGACUGUGAUACUUUUCCUGGGGUAAGUUAACAAUGCCGGCAAAACCUGAAAAUGGCAAUCAUCGGUUAGAUAAGAGUGCACAGAGUGUGUUGCAAUCGGCCAUUUGUUCUCAACCUUGGUGGCAGGGAGUUGGGAAUGGUACUACCUUUGGUGAAAGCUCAUCAAAAUCAUCUUCAGUAGAGCAUCUGAGUGGUUCUCUUGCUGAUGGAGCUAUCCAGUCACAAGCUAAUUCUGGCUUAGAGAGUGGAGCAAGCUCCAAUAAAGAUACCCAGAUCACUACAGCAUCACAAUCUGAUGGAAGUAAUGGACAAGAACGUCAUCUUAAACAAGUUCCAAUGUCAGCACCUGUUGCUAUGGGCGGAUACCUUGAACCAACUUCACAAAUGGAACUUGUUGGUCACUCAAUUGUUUUGACAUCAUAUCCAUAUUUGGAUCCACAAUAUGGCAGGAUCUUAAGUUAUGCUCCACAAGCUAUGGUACCUCCUCAAUUCUUGCAUCAUGCUAGAAUGCCUUUGCCUCUUGAAAUGGAAGAAGAACCUGUUUAUGUAAACGCAAAGCAAUUUCACGGUAUUUUGAGACGUAGACAGGCACGUGCUAAGGCUGAGCUUGAAAAGAAAGCAGUAAAAGUCAAAAAGCCAUACCUUCACGAGUCUCGACACAAACAUGCUAUGAGAAGGGCAAGAGGUUGUGGAGGCCGUUUUCUUAGUACGAAGAAGCCUGAAAAUAAUUCUACAGAUCCCAUGGCGGAUAAAGAUGUAAAUUCAGGUGCUAAUCCUUCAAGACAAUCUACCACCUUCUCAGGCUCUGAAUGGUUAUCCAAAAACAAUACUAGAGAUUUGGAUUUCUCCAGUGGUCAGCAAGAAGGAAAAGGAUAUACUGGUCAGGACAUGCAAGCACACACAUCCUCCAAUGGUAAUGGCAGUGGCAAUGGCCAUGGACUGUCAUCAAUAUAUCAUCCUUCAUCAGGUGAUGUCUUGACUGGAGGCUUCUUGGGUCAGCAGAGGGAAAAAAGCACACAUAGGAAUGGGGUCACAAAUGGGGCCCUGCGCAUUAAUUAGGUUUCCACAUAAAGUCGUAGGGCCUCCUCCAGCACUUUUGCACCGGCAAAGAUGGAGGCAUUUGUCUUACUCAUCUUGGGGUUGACAUUCUCUAUUGAGUGUUUCCUCCGGCAAUUCAUUCUUGGCUUUGGAUACUUGGUAACUUGGUGUAUUUUCAUAGGUGAGAGAGGAAGAUAUGAUGAGGAUCUUCAUGGAAUCCCAUUUCACUUCCACUCACCGCUUGUGUAAAAUAGCAAAACUUCUGUACGUACGUUUUGGGAAAUUGUAGCACAUGUAAUAACUACAAGUGUGAAGACUUUUUUCGUUUGUGGCAGAAAGGGUUAACCUCCUGCUGCCUGCUGAUGUACCCUAGCAUUUUAACAAUGUUAAAGAGAUGGUGGUGGUGGGUUUUCCUUGUUUUUUUCA